AUGUCGUCGUCCCUUUCAGAUUCGUCGUGGCUCUAUGGCGCGGCACUCUUGAUUUACUCGUCGUCGUUUGUGAGAUUCGUCACUGUGACUUGUCUCCUCAUCGGCAUCGCGUCCAGUCUGCCCCUGGUCGUUUUUCUUACCAUCGACAUUGUUCUUUGGUGCUGGAGAAUGUUUUGGCAUCGCUCGCCUGACGAGCCUGCCCCGCCACAGGACGCCCAGACGGAGCCGGUUGCUACGACAAGCACUUCUGUCAGUACAAAUGACGAUGUAUUAGGAGCACAAGCUACACGGCGAAGAUGA